GAAGUCUGCUAGUAUUGUGGUGAUAACUGAGAUACAAACCUGGAAGCUGAGCAUUAUUAUUUAAGCGUAAUAACUUAUCUGGUCUGAUAUUUUAUCCUAACUGUGAACUUUGCAAAUAUUUUGUUGAGGCUGGAUCUUUUUUAACUAAUGAAUGCAUUUUUUCUUCAUUUUUUGAAGAGUUUACUGUUUUAAAGCCAUUCCAUAAUGUCAGUCAGUGGACCUAACCUUUCAAACACCUUGGAAAAUAAUUCAGAGAGCAGUAUAAAAGAUACUCAGCACCAUCUCAGAGAAAAGCAAGCACUCCAAGACUCCAGAGCACAACUAAACGGCACCUGUAUGACUUCUUUAACCGAAAACGAUAUCAUGGUCUCUGUGGCGGACAAGGUGAAGGAAAUCAGUUUAUCAGAUGAUUCCGGGAUUGACAGUCCAACUGGGGAUGUGAAUGCGGAGAUUUCAAAGAAGGUGGAAACAGAUACAUUGUCUAAUAUAAUCAUUGACAAUGAGGAAGCUUCUGUCAGGGGGUUUGAGGAAGCUGCAGUUGAUGCUACAGUAGGAGGGCUGCAGGCUGCAGCAGAAAAUCAUGAAUACAUCCGAAUUACAGGCGAAGUGCGUUUGGCUCCAGCCGAGCAGUACUGGUGUACGACAAGGGACAAAGCAGUGAAGCUAAAGAUGAAUGAGUCUGGUCCAGGCUCUGAGCCUCCUCUUACCAUCCAUCAGAUGUUCCAGUGGACGGUGGACAACUUUGGAGAUCACCCAGCCCUAUGCUUCAAGCAGGACGGUGUUUGGUCCACACUUACCUUUAAAGAGUACCACCAGCAUUGCCGAGCUGCAGCAAAGAGCUUUCUUAAGCUGGGACUGGGGCGCUUCCAUGGUGUUGGUAUUCUGGGAUUCAAUUCUCCUGAGUGGUUCAUCGCAGACAUUGGUUGCAUCAUGGCAGGAGGUCUUGCUGCUGGAAUUUACACCACCAACUCUCCAGAAGCCUGUCACUAUGUUGCUUAUAACUGCGAAGCCAACAUUUUAGUGGUUGAAAAUGACAAACAACUAGAAAAAAUCCUCCAGAUUAAAGAUCAACUACCUCAUCUGAAGGCAAUUGUUCAAUACAAGGGCGAAGUGAAGAAAAAGAUACCAAAUAUUUACACGUGGACUGAGUUUAUGAAGGUUGGGGAGGAGAUAUCAGAUGCUCAGCUGGAUGCAGUAAUUGGCAGUCAGAAGGCUAACGAAUGCUGCACCCUUAUCUACACUUCAGGAACCACUGGAAACCCUAAAGGGGUUAUGCUCAGUCAUGACAAUAUCACGUGGAUUGCAGAUGCAGCAGGAAAGAUGAUCAGUCUGAAGGAGGGAGAGGAUUGUCUAGUGAGUUAUUUGCCCCUCAGUCACGUAGCUGCCCAAGUGAACGACAUGUGGAUCGCCAUUAGAUUUGCAGGCACCACCUAUUUUGCCCAACCAGAUGCACUGAAGGGUACAUUGGCCAUCACUUUGAGAGAAGCACGUCCCACAACCUUUCUGGGUGUUCCACGUGUGUGGGAGAAGAUGCAGGAAGCAAUGAAAGAUGUUGGUGCAAAGUCUUCAGUCAUGAAGAAGAAAGUUGCAGAUUGGGCCAAGGGUAUAGGACUUCAGGCCAGCUACAAUGCAAUGAACAAUGAUCCGUCAGUGCCCUGGGGCUUCACACUCGCUAAUGGCAUAGUCUUUAAGAAAGUACGUGCUGCUCUUGGGUUGGAUCGUUGCAAGCACUGCUUUACCGGGGCAGCACCAAUCACUAAGGACACACUGGAAUACUUCAUGAGUUUGAACAUCCCUAUCUUCGAGCUGUAUGGCAUGAGUGAGAGUACAGGCCCACACACAGUGUCCUACUCUAACAACUACCGCAUUAUGAGCUGUGGUAGGGUGAUCCCGGGCUGCAAAACAAAGCUGGACAAGCCAGAUGCAGAUGGCAAUGGGGAAGUGUGUUUCUGGGGCCGUCACGUCUUCAUGGGCUACCUGAACAUGGCUGAUAAAACCUCAGAGGCAUUGGAUGAAGAAGGCUGGCUGCAUUCAGGAGACCUGGGAAAGCAUGACACAAAUAAUUUCCUUUACAUUACCGGCAGGAUAAAAGAGCUAAUUAUCACUGCUGGAGGAGAAAACAUCCCACCUGUCCCCACUGAAGACUUAGUCAAGGAGGAGCUGCCCAUCAUAAGCAAUGCCGUGCUGGUGGGAGACAAAAAGAAAUUCCUCUCCAUGCUUCUCACUCUCAAGUGCAAGGUUGAUGACAAUGGAGAACCCACAGAUGAACUGACUCCAUUGGCUAUAGAGUUCUGCAGGCAUCAUGGUGUCAUGGCAAGCAAAGUGUCAGAGAUCAUCAACAACAAAGAACCAGCCAUUUACAAAGUCAUCCAGGAGGGUAUAGACCGGGUUAAUGCCAAGGCCACAUCUAAUGCUCAGAAGGUCCAGAAGUGGACACUUUUAUCAAAGGACUUCUCGAUAUCUGGAGGAGAGCUUGGUCCUACUAUGAAGCUCAAAAGGCCAGUCGUCUCAAAAAUGUACAAAGAAGAAAUCGACAAGUUUUAUGAAGCAUAACUUACUCUCGUUUGCUCAUUUGAGUUGAGGAUAUGGUAAGCUGGACGAAAAAAAACCCCAAAUAAUCCAGAUCCAGUUCUCUUUGCAUUGUUAAAUAGAGCGCAGGCUUUUCAUCACUCCACCAUGUACACAACUAAUAGGAGUGCCUUUCUCACCUCAACGCAUCUACGCAUGUGUGUAUAGCACUUUCUGCUGCUCCUUGCACUUUUUGUAACCUUGAUCAUAGCUAAACCUAGUACCUAUAACUUUGCACACUUGUAUUAACUCGCUGUAUCUGUGGCAAUAUUUUCAUUACUUAAAAACUGCCUCAGGUUGCUUCUUUCUUUGCAGAUAGCAUUUGGUAAGCCACUGAAGUUUAUAUUUGAAAUAAAACUACAAGCAAAUCAUACUAUCUGGUUCCUGCAAGCUUCUUAUGCAUCUUGAAUAAAUUAUUUAUACUUUUUUUUUGUCUAUAGAAUUUAUAGUAAAGAGCUUCAUAUAUAAAGAAUUAAUGAUCCAUUGAUUAUAAUAGGAGUGUAAGAAAUGAGCCAAAGGGUAACAGUUUGAAGUUCAAAUUCCAAAGUAAGGCUUAUUAUCUAUAUCUUAUGUAUAAUAUGUCUGUAUGUCAUGCCAUGUUAUAAUUCAGUUAAUACUGACAGAUGUAAUUUCACUACACUGUUAAAUCGCCUGUUAACUCUUUUCAGUAUAAGAAAGAAAUGAGCACAGUAAAUUCUCUUCAAUAUGUAUUUAUGUACUUUCAAAUGAUUUUAUAUUUUUUGACAAGAACUCUAAAUAAAAACGAAUUGUGUUUCAUUAA